AUAUGAGAUGUUCCUUAACCCCAAGGAAAUGUAUUUAUUGUAAUGCCUGCAUUUUAAUCAUUUCUAUCCAUCAGUAUUUUAUCUCAAACUUACCGUCUGAAGGAUCUAUAAGAAGGAUAUAUUUCCCAAGAAGGAAAACUUCACCCAAAAGGAAUUUCCAACUUGUAUGCAAUAAAUGGCAACAAGAUCAAAGUUUUUGGACGAUGCUAAGAUAAGAGUUUCCCACACUCUCACGGCUUCUCAUCAUGUUCAAAGUGGGGUAAACUCACCAAUAGCAGCAACUGAAAAGUUUCUUUCAUGUUCACAUUCUACUUCAAUGAAAGAAGAGGUGCCUUUAGCCACUUUGAUUAGUCACAUCCCUGCAAAGUUCAAUGGUCAUGAAGACAUCAAGAAUGGGAAAGAGAAAAACCAAUCCAUCUCUGGAUCCAAUUCUAUCUUCCAAGCCUCAGAUACAAAACAUAGCUCUAUUCCUCUAAACCUUUUGGAAACUCUCCCAGCAUUAACCAUGUCACCUGUUUUUGAUGAGCCAGCAACUUCUUUAGCUUCUUCUUCUUCUUCUGCCAUACCCAAAUUUCCAAACUUGACUUUGUUUUUGCAGGAACCCUCCAUGCUAUACUCAUCAUCCUCACAUAUCAAAGGUGGUGAAGUCAUAUCAACAACUUCAAACCCCUCAUAUCAUGUGUCACAGUUUGGCCAAACCCAGCAAUAUCAAGCAGGUAAUGAUUCACACAAGAAGAGCAAGAAUCUAACAAAUCCACAGUCCAAGGCCUUCAGUGACAAUUGGUUGAGUACCACUAGGACUCAGCCUCUGAAGUAUGCUGGAAGAGGCAAGUCGUUUAAAGGUGUGAGGCAGAGACAUUGGGGCAAAUGGGUAGCAGAGAUUAGAUUACCAAGAAACAGGACAAGAGUUUGGUUAGGUACCUUUGACACAGCUGAAGAUGCUGCCAUUGCAUAUGACACAGCAGCAUACAUACUUAGAGGAGAUUAUGCUCAAUUGAACUUUCCAGAUCUAAAGCAUGUAAUUAAGGCCAAUUCUCUUAAUGGAACCACUGCUGCACUUGUGGAGGCAAAACUACAAGCAAUAUCACAAGGUGUGUCUUCUCAUAGGAAGCCAUCUGAUUCUCCUGGAGGGUCAAACAGCAAGAACAGUGAUGAGAAUGGUAAAUUGAAAAAUGUAAAUGGCAAGGAUUCAACCAUGAAGGAGUGGCAAUUUGAUAUAGAGAACAGGGUUGGAGCUGAGGUAACUGACAGGAGCAAAAGUGCACACCAUGAGAUAUCAGAUGCGGAGGCUGUUCAGUUAAGUAGAAUGCCCUCUUUAGACAUGGAUAUUAUUUGGGAUGAACUUUUAGUCUCUAAUUCAUGAUAAACUUAAUGUUUUUUUUUUUCUUACU